AUGUCGCCGUCAUUCGCUGCCAGGCUCUUGAUGACCCUCACACUGUGCCAGACCUGCACUGAGCUGUUCGGGUGUCCGACCGGAUGGCUGGAAUACAACAAACACUGUUACUUCUACGGAUACGACGAGAAGACAUGGAUUGGCUGCAAUCUCGAAGAGGUGACGCAGCCUGGAUCGGCCUGCGACGUGAGACCACUGGCGAACCGUGGCAGUGGGCAGACGGAACACCUUUCGACUACUCGUCCUGUUUGUCCCACCACCACUCCAGCCAAGCCUGUCACCUGUCCGGCUCCUCCUCCCUGCCCCACCACCACUCCAGCCAAGCCUGUCACCUGUCCUGCUCCUGCUCCCUGCCCCACUACCACAACAGCCAAGCCUGUCACCUGUCCUGCUCCUCCUCCCUGCCCCAUCUGUCCCGCUGCCACCUGUCCUGCUCCUGCUCCCUGUCCCACCACCACUCCAGCCAAGCCCGUGACCUGUCCUACUCCUGCUCCUGCUCCUGCUCCGGUCAAGCCUGCCACCUGUCCUACUCCUGCUCCCACUACGGCCAAGCCUGCCACCUGUCCUACUCCUCCGACCGAUGGGGAGCUGGAGAUGUGCGCAAUGUCCGCCAAUGACGAGGCGUGUUCCUCCCACGACGUGACAUGCUCGUGCCUGCUCGCCAUGAUUGCCAACCCGAUGGGCGGGUACCAAGCCGUGCUCGACGGUCUCAGUGUGGGCCGGAGCAUUGUCAUCAGAGGACGAUCCGAUCCCAAAGCAGAGAAGCUGGUGGUCAACCUGGACGGGCGCGACGCCAACGGCAAGUACGUUAUGGAGGCGCUGCACCUGAAUAUGGACUUGGAGAGCCAAACCUUCACCCUCCACUCCGGAUUGGACCGCAAGCAGACCGGAGACCUUCCCCGCGGACGCCCCUUCGGACCCGGUCUCCCCUUCAAGAUCGUCAUCAAGUGCGGCGGGACGGGCACUUUCCACCUGGACUUCAACGACGAGCUCCAGCUGGACUUCGCAGGUCCUCAACUUGAUAUGGGGAGCAUCAACUGGUUGGAGGUGUGGCAAGUGAUGCUGAGCAGCGUCCGACUGAUGUGACGAGGGACGCGGCCGCUUCCCGUCGGGGAGGGCGUCAGCAUGCCCACGGCGAUCAGCUCCAUUCUAAUGUAUCGGUUUCUUUUCGAGCUCGGUUGCCACCGCUUGUUUCCUCGUGUGGAAAAUGGAGUGCCAGUCGUAAGAAGACACUUCAAUUGAAAACAAAGGUUCUGAUAGGUUUUUUUCGGAAUCGUAUAUAAA